AGAAAGAAGAAAGAAAGAGAAAAAUUAUUUGGUCAAUUAUGUGGUCAGCUCCCUCCGCCACUCGCCAAUUUACAGAAGAGGACAACUGGGCUGGGGAAGCACAGGACUGGCCCAAGAUUACACAGUUACUCGGUUGUAGAGCCAGGGUUAGACAGAAGAGGCUCUAGAUUCUGGUCCAGACUCCCCUCCUACUAUUUAGCAUUAUGGCUUUCUGGGGAUUACCGUAAUCCCUCCUCCACCAUCAUGAGGCAGCACCCAGCCCACAUCCCUUCGAAGGUCUUCUGUGUACCGGACGAACAAAAGCGCCCGCACAGUGCUGGGUCCAGUAACCAACGCUCUCUAGGGUGCAGACAUCCCUCACCGGCCGGGGCAGGGCUCGUGCGCUACGGGCGCCGGGUAUUCCAGUUGGUGAAGGAGGAAAUGCACGGACCCGGGAAAGGACGCGGGAGCAGGGCUGGGGCGGGCCGUGGCCGUGGGAGGAGACUGCGCGCAGCUAGCUCGGUAGCUCCUCGGAGCCGACCAGCAGAGCUGAUUCCCGCGCUCCGCAGCGCAGCGUUCGGCAGUCUGACCCGACGCGCCUGCAGCGCGCGGGCUGGGAAAGGAGGCGCUCACCGAGCUGCACCACGCGCCAGACUCCCAGCCCGACCUGGGGCGCGGCCGCGCGGGGAACCUAUGGGCAGCCCCUGGAAUGGCAGCGACGGCACGGAGGGUAUGCGGGAGCCGCCGUGGGCCCCGCUGCCGCCUUGCGACGAGCGCCGCUGCUCGCCCUAUCCCCUGGGGGCGCUGGUGCCGGUGACCGCCGUGUGCCUGGGCCUCUUCGCCGUCGGGGUGAGCGGCAACGUGGUGACAGUGCUGCUGAUCGGGCGCUACCGGGACAUGCGGACCACCACCAACUUGUACCUGGGCAGUAUGGCCGUGUCUGACCUACUCAUACUGCUCGGGCUGCCCUUCGACCUGUACCGCCUCUGGCACUCGCGGCCCUGGGUGUUCGGGCCGCUGCUCUGCCGCCUGUCGCUCUACGUGGGCGAGGGCUGCACCUACGCCACGCUGCUGCACAUGACGGCACUCAGCGUAGAGCGCUACCUGGCCAUCUGCCGCCCGCUCCGAGCCCGCGUCCUGGUCACCCGGCGCCGGGUUCGCGCGCUCAUCACCUUGCUCUGGGCCGUGGCGCUGCUCUCCGCCGGGCCCUUCUUCUUCCUGGUGGGCGUCGAGCAGGACCCCGGCAUCUCCGUGGUUCCGGGCCUCAAUGGCACCGUACGGCUCACCCCCUUGCCUCCCGCCUCGUCGCCGCCCCACUGGCCCUCACGGGUGCCACCGCUUUCCCCGCUGUCGCGGCCCGAGGACGCAGAGGCCGCAGCGCUAUUCAGCCGCGAGUGCCGACCGAACCCAGCGCAGCUGGGCGCGCUACGUGUGAUGCUGUGGGUCACCACUGCCUACUUCUUCCUGCCCUUUCUGUGCCUGAGCAUCCUCUACGGGCUCAUCGGGCGGGAGCUGUGGAGCAGCCAGGGGCCGCUACGAGGCCCAGCCGCCUCAGGGAGGGAGCGAGGCCACCGGCAGACCAUCCGCAUCCUACUGGUGGUGGUUCUGGCAUUUAUAGUUUGCUGGUUGCCUUUCCACGUUGGCAGAAUCAUUUACAUAAACACGAAAGAUUCGCGGAUGAUGUACUUCUCUCAGUACUUUAACAUCGUCGCUCUGCAACUUUUCUAUCUGAGCGCAUCUAUCAACCCAAUCCUCUACAACCUCAUUUCAAAGAAGUACAGAGCGGCGGCCUGUAAACUGCUGCUCGCAAGGCAGUCCAGGCAGAGAGGCUUCCACAGAAGCAGGAACACUGCCGGCGAAGUUGCAGGGGACACUGGAGGAGACACGGCAGGCUACACGGAGACAAGCGCUAACCUGAAGAUGAUGGGGUAACCAGCACGGCCAAGCCAGGCUCCUCCCGUAGUUCUAAGACUUCGGGGGAAACAGGCGUGCAGAGAAGUAAAGACUGAAAGUGAGGAACAGAUGCUGAGAGGAAGAAUGGAAGGGGGUUGCAUUUGUGCCAGUUGGUUAAGAGAGAGACUGCAGGAUUUAUUUAACCAGGGUAUGAAAUGUAACUGUGCCAACCUUUCUAGUUUCCUUCCCACAUACCUCCUAAGGGAUGUCCAUUUUACCACCAUGAAAUCCCACAUCUCAAAGUGUCCUCUGUGUGCUGGUUCAGUGAAGUCCUCAUUCUCCUACUCUUUAGAAAGAUUGUUCAUUUUACAGUUAAGUGAUACAGAGAGAUGCUGCCCCAAAACUGCCACCUCUGAGAUCAGGAGCAUAUUUUGCUUUUAUAUUUUGGAUGUCAAUGUAACAGUGCAUCUACAAGCAACCAGGAUAAUGACAGUUUGAUCCAAGAAAUUAUUAAAUACCUGUAUAUGGCUGCAAAACCUUUUAGAAGUAAAAUGAAUUCUGGGUAGACUCCAGUGUUCAGGGGUCCCACCUCUCCAGAUCAGAGCAAAUCAUAAAGUUUAGGCACAAGAAUACCCUCUUUCCCAAGUACCCAGCAACUGUGUUGCAACCCACUUCUCCUUGAGACUGACUGCCCAUGGAUUUUCCCAGUGCCACUGGCCAUGGGGUAGCAAACUUUGGGCAUCAACAUUUGAGAGUAGAGCUCAGCAGGAUGUGGCUUUCUCUGGUGACUACAAAUGACAUUUGUAAAGAGCUAUUUAAUAUGCUUUAUCUCGGCCGGGCACAGUGGCUUACGCCUGUAAUGCCAGCACUUUGGGAGGCUGAGGCGGGUGGAUCAUGAGGUCAGUAGAUCAAGACCAUCUUGGCCAACAUGGUGAAACCUCGUCUCUACUAAAAAUACAAAAAUAUCAGCUAGGCAUGGUGGGGCACACCUAUAGUACCAGCUACUCAGGAGGCCGAGGCAGGAGAACUGAUUGAACCCAGGAGGUGGAGAUUGCAGUGAGCCGAGAUUGCGCCACUGCACUACAACCUGAGUGACAGUGCGAGACUCCGUCUCAAACAAUACAUAUGCUUUAUCUCACCUCAGCUUCGUGGGGUGAGUGCUGUCGUCAACAUUCCUGUUUUACUAGUGAUGGAAAUGAGUCUGGGAUUGCCCGAACAGGAACAGGUGAGCCAAAGUCUGAAUCCAGUGUUUAAGAUGCUCACCUACUCCCAUGCCAAGAUGCUGUCCUUACUGAAAAACACUGGUCAAUGGAUUCACUCAAGAGUGAAAAAGAACUUGCUGGACAUUCUGAUCAACAUCUCUGUAACUUUGUUUUGUUUUUUACAGCUUAAAACACAAAUAUUUUUAGAGGGCUGCUGCUGUCACUCAGCUCCAGAGGGCUUCUCUCACACCCCUUCUGUAUGAAUGGCACCCCCCAAAUGUGGGCAGGGUACAACUUUCACAGUUGUCCUUGGGACCUUUUUGGGUGCUUUCAGAUUAAUAAAUUCAAACCUAAAUUACAAUAGAAUCUUGAUUUUUAUGAGAAACUUGUCCUGAGACCUUCAGGAAUCUUCAAAUCUAUAAACAGCAGAAAAGUGACAAAUGCUAUAACUUCAGAGUUAUAAUGAAAAACAGACAUAAAGUCACAUUGAGACUUGGAGGCUGGAGAGGCAGCUCCAUUGAUUCACUGAUUUCAUGUCUCUGCUUCACAGCCCACAGUUUUAGUGGCCUUGGUGAAAGUGUCUAAAUUACUUCACACCACAGGCCACCAUAGUCUCUUUUGAAUAGUUAAAACCACAAAAGACGAAUACAUAAGUAGCAAGGGUAUGCCCGAAAAUGCAGUCAAAGUUCUGUUGCAUUCUCAUUUUCUUAGCCAAAGCCCUAGCUCUGUCCUCAGCCCCAUCCACAAUUUGCGGAGGCAUAAAGUCUCUCAUUUGCUUUUUCUCCCAGCUAGUGGAAGAAGCAGAUUGUAGUCACUUAAAGUAGCAUUCCCUAAACUGUGUUCUGCAGAUUUACAGGGAUUAUUGGAACAAAUGGCUCUGGGGUUAAAUGUGGCAGGAAAAUAACACAUUGUGUUCCCCCCACCACACCCUCAACAUUUAAUACACAUAACAUAGCAUGUCAGAGGCUCUGAGAAGUUGUCUUGACCAACAUUUCAUUGACCUAUUUAAUCACAGAGCCAACUCCCCAUCUUCCCUCCCUAAGAACACUUAGUAAAAUCUCAUGGAGUGAGGAAUACUUUGGGGAGCUCUGAUAGAGGGUUUCUGACAGUGGAGAUGCCAGCCUUGGGCGUCUGUACCUCUCUGCUUGGUAGCACUGAGUACAGCAGCUGCCGCAGUCCUUCUGCUCACGGGAGCUCCUCUCUGGAGCAGUCAAGAGCGGCCACCUCUCUAGGGAAGUUCACAGCAAAGAACCUUAUUGAGAUGUAUAUAAUAUUUUAUUUCAUUUUUUUUAGAGUCAGGAUCUCAUCCUGUUGCCCCAGCUGGAGUGCAGUGGCACAAUCAUAGCCCACUGUAAACUUAAAGUCCUGCGUUUGAACCAUCCUCCCACCUCAGCCUCCCUGGUAGGCAGGACUACAGGCAUGCACCACCAUGACUGGCUAAUUUUUCAAUUUUUUGUAAAGAUGAGGUCUUGCUGUGUUGCCCAGGCUGAUCUCAAACUCCUGGCCUCAAGGAACCUCCUACCUCAGCCUCCCAAAGUGCUGGGAUUACAGGCACGAGCCACCACACCUGGCUCAUGUAUAAUAUUCUAAAUGUAGAAGCAAAGACCUCUCCUUUGAGCUUCCUUAUUCAGACUAGAAAACAAGGAUUUACAUGACACUUUGCUGGGACUUAAGCAUGUUUCCAGGUGUUGGCAUGGGGAGGAUCGCCCUUCCCUUUCCAGAUGGUCUCUGAGAUGGAAGGCCUGAAGGCCAUCCCUUUCCACAGGAUUCUUGUGUGGUCUCAGCCCACUAGUGGACUGUGAAUCAGUGAGUGUGUCACAUUUUUCUUUAAUGGAACAGCACGGAGAAGAACAGAGUCCCUGGUGCAUCACAUGUAGUAAGGUAACUGUUGUGCUGUGAAGCUUGUGUUCCAAUUAUGUUUUGGUUGGUGUCUUUCCUGGUUCACAAAAUAAAAUGUAUUCUUGCUGAGGGUCAUGGUGGAAAAUGUUUAAAAAGUUGUUCUAAGAUCUAAAGUUUUUGUCUACCCCAGCAGACAGCAGCCUAUUCUUACACUGACAACUGGCUACGAAAAGCGGGGGCCAAGUCAGCGAAUCACUGGAGCAGGAGAAUCACUGAGCUCUGGUUUCCAGUCCUGGGCUCCCUCCCCACCUGACCCAGGGUGGGAAUCGUGGAGGCUGUGGGCCAGCCACGCCCUCCACCCUAAUAGAGCCCUGUGCUGGCAUUCUAGCCACUUCUCUAUGAGCCGCCUUUCCCUUCUGCAGGCGGAACCACUUUUGUGAGGUGAGCUGCCAGCCUUGGGGGAGGGUUUGUAUUUAUUCAUUCCCAUGGCAAACAUUUACCAAGCAACUGCUAAGUGUGACGGAUAUAACAAAAUACACUAGAAAAAUUAGUCCAUGUGACGAUGUCAAAAUCAAACAACUUUCUACUGGCAUUCUCUGUUUGAAAUGUGUAUUGUGUCUUCCAGACUAACGGAUUCACCAUUUAGAUCAGACGGAAGUGCAGAACAUCAGGUUUGUACUACCUGUCUGGAUGUUCCUUCUCUUUUUAUGUGAGACAUUUCCACUUCUGAAGGAAAUGUUCAAAGAGCUAUUGCACAACAUCCUCUAGGAUCCAAGAGUUCCCUGUGCCAGGUUCUCAAAGAGACAGACAGGCAACGUGCUAAUGGUGUUUAAAAUUCAAACAUGCCCUCUCCUGACCCUUUCUACUCAUGUCAUAAUGACAUUUACCAGUAUAUGGCAGCAAAUUUCAGUGGUUGCACUGGUCUAGUGUUUUGUGUUUUGUUGUUUUUUAGAGACAGGGUCUCCCUCUGUCACCCAGGCUGGAGUGUGGUGGCUUGAUCUUAGCUCACUUCAGCCUUGACCUGCUGGGCUCAAGCAGUCCUCCCACCUCAAUCUCCCAAGUAGCUGGGACUACAGACACACAUCAUCAUCACACUAGCUAACCUUUUUAUUUUUUAUUUUUACAGAUGGGGUCUUAUUAUGUUGCCCAGGCUGGUUUCCAACUCCUAACCUCAAUUGAUCCUCCCACCUCAGCCUUCCAGGGUAUUGGGAUUACAAACAUGAGCCACCAUGUGCAGCCUAGGUUUAAAACUGGCAUUAUUUAAACAUAGAUGGGAUGCAAUAUUUAAUUAUGAGCCCACUUUCUAAGAAUUCCAAACUCUAUUACAGAGCUCCUAGUCUUCUGUUAAGGAGCCUUCAAAAUAAGUGUUUUCUCUUUUGAGCGCACGGGGCAUGCACGGGCUCCACAGGAAUGCUCUAUGGUGAUCACUCAACCUGUCCCUUCCUGGUGUAUGCUAGAGGAGGGGAGAGAGGCUGGCUCAACUGUCUGCCUUCUUAGGAAAACACCACACACACGUUUGAAAUAGUGCACACCUGUGUACUAAGGGCUAAAGGACUUUUUAUUCCCCAUGCUAAUUCUCUGGCCCAGUAGUUCUCAAACUUCAGCCUGCACCAGAAUCACCUGGAGGAUGUGUUAAGACACAGAUUGCUGGGCCCUUCCCAGAGAGUUUUAGAUUUAGUAGGUCUGGGGUGGGGCCCAAGAAUCUGUAUUUCUAUCAAAUUCUCAGGUGAUGCUGGUUUAUUUCCCAGGUGGGACAGAGCAGGAUGGCAUAAGAUUUCAUCACACUACUCAGGACAUGCUCAACUGAAAACCUAACAACUGUUUAUUUCUAGAAUUUUCCAUUUAAUAUUUUUGGACCACGGUUGACCACAGGUAACUGAGCCCUCAGAAAGUGAAACUACGGAUAAGGGGGAGUACUGUACUUUGUGGUUCCAAAGAAGCCAUCCAGCUGGAAAGGUUCUGUUGUUGCGCUUUCCACAGGCUCCUGCAAACAGGUCCCGAUGGUCAAAUACUCUUUUUUUUGGUGGUGUUGAGACUGGGUCUCACUCUGUCAUCCAGGUUGCAGUGCAAUGGCCCAAUCAUGGCUCACUGCAGCCUCAACCUCCAAGACUCAAGUGAUCCUCUCACCUCAGCUUCCUGAGUAGCUGGGACUACAGGUGCACACCACCACACCUGGAUAGUUUCUGAAUUUUGUGUAGUGAAAUUUGUAAGUUUUGCCAUGUUGCCCAGGCUGGCCUCAAGCUCCUAGGCUCAAGCAAUCUGCCCUCCUUGGUUUCCCAAAAUGUUGGGGUUAUAGGCAUAAGCCACUGCACCCAGCCACUCAAAUACUUUUAAGAAAUGUCGCAAUACUAUAUAAACUCUUUUUGACUAUACAGUUUUUUCCCCUCUCAUAUAUUAACAUUGCCCAAACGACUACUCCUUGAAAUUCUAGAGAGAUGUUUGGGUAUGAAGUCAGGGCUCGCCAUAAAGAUAUGGGCACGGAAAUGAUCAUUUUAUCCAGUGGCUCAAAAACUUUCACUUGCAUCA